GAUUUGCCAACACUGCCCUUUCGAUCAUCCCUUGAAUUCCAACAACGCAUCAUAGUAGCCCGAAUAGUAACUUCCGCAAGUUGCUCAAAGCAAAUUUGUCAAAGGACAGAAUGAAGCAAGAAAGUUCACAUAAAUUCUCAGCCGGCAGUGAUUACCACCAAACUUUAAGUCGGCUAAAAACAGAAUUUGAAAAACGGUACAAUGACCAGAAACAGGCAUCGAUUGCCUCGCUCACGGAGUACGAGAUACUACGCACUCUUGGGUCCGGUGCGUUCGGAACUGUGAAACUGAUCAAAAGAAAAGCGAGCGGAGAAUACUUUGCCAUGAAGAUACUGUCCAAGGAAAGGAUCGUCUACCAGAAGCAGCUGCAGCACACGACGAAUGAGAAACGAAUUUUGCAAAGCAUUCGCUUCCCGUUCGUGGUAAAUUUGGAAAUCUGCUACAAGGACAACUCCUACCUCUACCUCGUGAUGCCGUUCGUGAACGGGGGCGAAAUGUUCACACUGCUACGCCAUUCUCGACGAUUUUCCGAAUCACAGGCCGCCUUCUACGGUGCCCAGGUGGCAUUGGCGCUGGAGUAUCUGCAUGGUUGCAAUCUUAUCUAUCGGGAUUUGAAACCAGAAAAUCUUCUCGUUGACUACCGGGGAUAUGUGAAAAUGACCGAUUUUGGAUUCUGCAAGUUGAUCAAAGACCGGACCUGGACGCUCUGCGGCACACCGGAAUACCUCGCACCGGAAAUCAUCCAGGCGAAGGGCUACGGGAAAAGCGUCGACUGGUGGUCUUACGGUGUGCUGUUGUACGAAAUGGCCGCCGGAUACUCUCCCUUCUACGUGAACAGUUCCGACCAGAUGGUGCUGUUCGAGCGCAUCUGCAAAGGCAAGUACAAGUUCCCGAAGAGCUUCUCCACCGAUCUGUGCAGUCUGGUGCACCAUCUGCUGCAGACGGAUCUCUCCCGGCGCUACGGUAAUCUGCGCAAUGGGUGCGACGACAUCAAGCAGCACGCCUGGUUCAAGACGAUCAACUGGUACGGCUUGCUGAACCGGGAGCUUCCCGCACCGUACGUCCCCAAGCUUCAGGGGCCGGGCGAUGCCUCACUGUUCGAUGUGUACGAUGAGCAAAAGCUCAAGAUCGCUUCCAAGUGUCUGUAUGCGAAAGAGUUUGCCGAUUUUUAGCUUUUUAUUCUAAACGCCUCG